CUAGUAGGUAUACUUACAUUUGUCUCUCAGUAGCAAUGGGGUUUAACCAAGUGGGGCUUUGUGCACUUGUGCUUUUUGCAGUUAGAUUAUCAACAGCACAAUGGAUGGACUUGGGAGCUGUGCAACCACCUGCUGGAUCUCAAGCAACCAAACCAGGUCAGCCUCCACUGCAAUCGAAUCCUGGGAUGGCUCCUCAGUGGCUGCAAAGUAGCCCCCAAGCUGGAAGCCCUCCAGUAGCCCCACUUGGACUGCAGUUUCAGAAUCCUUCAGAUGCUCAAGGCCAGCAAAUUAUCCAGCAACAAGUGAAGAAGCUGGACUGGACUUUUCCUGCGCUGCCCAAAAUCCCAACAGCACAAACGCUGGUGCAUGUUGACCGACAGUCUAAUCCGGUUUAUACCCAGGGUGUGACGGUGAGCUGCAACGAGACUGCAGUGCAUGUCGAGGUGAGGAAGGAUGUUCUUGGACAUGAUCUGUCCAAUAUUGCUUUCCUCACACUGGGAGGCUGUCCUGCUCAAGGGAUGGAUGCUGCUUCUCCUGUCCUCAUCUAUGAAUCUCUGUUAAAUGGCUGCAAAAGCAUGUUGACUAUGACUGCAGAUGAGCUGGUGUACAUCUUCACUCUUGGUAUGUCUCCUGUGCCAAUCAGUGGCACUCCCAUUCUAAGAAGAGCCAGUACAAGGGUUAUGGUUCAGUGCCAUUAUCCAAGAUUCCACAAUGUCAGUAGCAGUGGUCUUGUGCCUGCUUGGGUCCCAUAUUCUUCUGCCCAGGCUGCUGAGGAACUUCUCGUUUUCACAUUGAGACUUAUGACUGAUGACUGGCUAUCUGAACGAACAUCCAACCAGUACUACCUGGGUGAGCUUAUAAACAUUGAGGCAUCCGUUCUGCAGUUCAACCAUGUCCCCCUGCGUGUCCUUAUGGACGGCUGUGUGGCUACUACUGUCCCUGAUAUAAAUUCCGUCCCCAGAUAUUUCUUCAUUGAUAACUACGGGUGCCUGAUUGAUGCCAUGCUAACUCAGUCCAGUUCCCAGUUUAUGCCCCAAACUCAAGCAAACAAGCUGAGGUUUCAACUGGAGGCUUUCGGAUUCCAACAAACAAACACUAGCCUGGUCUACAUCACAUGCAUCAUGAAGGCAACAGCUGCCUCUUCCCCAGCUGAUUCUCAGCACAAGGCUUGUUCUUUCUCUGGCAAUGGAUGGAUUGCUGCAUAUGGUCCCAACCAGGUAUGUAGUUGUUGCAAUAGCAGCUGUGCUGGAAGGAAGGGAAGAGACUUGUCUGCAAGGGCUCGACGAAAUCUGCCUUCAAAGAAAGGCCUGCAGCUGGCAAAACGUGUACGCCUGGGUCCAAUCACAGUUCUGGAGAAUGUUUGGUAGUCAAAUGACUUGCUGCUCUUUGCUUUAAUAAACUGUUAAAAUGUG